GCGUGGAUUCAGAAUAAGACACACAAAGAGAAUAUAGUAUUCACUAAUGAAUUGAAUGAUGAAUACUAUGAACGAGUGCUCGAAUCGUGUGCUUUAGUGCCAGACUUGGCUCAACUUCCGGACAGAGAUCUCACAGAAAUUGGUGAAAAGGGUAUCAAUUUGUCCGGCGGUCAGAAACAGAGGGUUUCAAUGGCGAGGGCUGUCUAUUCCAACCGAGAUAUCUAUUUACUCGACGACUCGUUCAGUCGGACAAUGAACUCAAAAAUGUAG